UAACUCAUCCGACUUGUUCUUUCGGUUAGCAACCUCGGGAGUCUGCAGCAAGUUGAUAUAUUCUCUCGAGAAAGACAGAAGACUGGAGUUCAUAUAUCAUCAGGGCUUCAACUCAGGCUGUAUAAUUACCAGGCAGACAAAAUUAUCGACAAUCUUUUGAUCGCAACCAGCAAAAAUGCCGAAGAAGAUGGGAGUAAACAGCAAAGCUGAGGCCGCUAGGGAGCGGAAGAGCGCUGUCGAAGCCGAGCGCAAGGCGCGGGAGGCUCGCGACAAGGAAGACCAGUACUGGCGUGAAGCCGAGGGCAACAGAUCCAAAGCCACCAAGAAACGAGAGGAAGAAGCGGAGAAGAAGGCUGAGUCCGCCGCGCGCCGCGCUGAGGCUCGUCGGUUGGCAGAGAUGGAGGAGAAGGAGAUCGAGAAAUCCAUGAAGAAGCCCGACAAGAAGGCGAACCGCGUGUCGAUCCCCGUUCCAAAGGUAACCGAGGCGGAGCUGAGGAAGCGCCGGGAGGAGGAGCAAGCCGCCCUUGCCGCUAAAGCCGAGGAGGCAAAGCGGCGCCAGAACCGCAUGGCCGCCGAGGAAGAGUACGAGAAGAUGGUUGUCGUCACCAAUACGAAUCGGGACGAUUCGAUUCUCGAGGCGAGGAGCGUAGAGGAGGCGAUUGCGCGGAUGAGCGUGGCGGAUACCCUGCCUGCUGAUAAGCAUCCGGAACGGCGCCUCAAGGCGUCGUUUAAGGCUUUUGAAGAAGCUGAGCUACCCAGGCUGAAGGAAGAGAAACCUGGCCUUACUCACAACCAGUACAAGGACAUGAUUUGGAAACUGUGGAAAAAAUCUCCAGAUAAUCCAUUAAAUCAGGUUGCUGAAUGAACGCUGCUACAUAUUCAAACUAGAAACCAAGCAAAGUCUUUUGGGAAAUAUUGUUGAAAAUUGCUGCAGUUUCAUGUUUCUUGGCGCACUUAAUGUUCGAAAACAUAAAUGCAGUGGACGGUAUACUGUUUAUGGCAUAGGCUUAGCUCAAUAAAACCUAAAUGGAUCAGCCACAUAAUUUUUGUGUCCAUCUAAGUCCUGUGUAUCGCAUCCUUUAUUUAUUAUUUUGCUUGAAAGGCAUGAAAAACACUCUUAUGUACAUGGAAGGAGUUACCCUUGGCAUGAUAUAAAGCAUUGGCGGGUAGGUUUCUGUGUUUUCCAUGAAAAA